ACAGAGACACACGACCUGUAAGUCCCCUUCACCACUAUUCUAUUAUUGAUGUCCACGACGUGCACGAGCAUGCGCAAUGCGGACACCCGCACAUGGGAGCGCGCGCGCGCGGCCCCGCACUAUGCAGUGUACAACGCAGGAGGAGUUCCCUGACCCUCAGGUGAUGAAUAAUUCAGUAAGUGACCCAGGAGCUGAGGCCUACCUCGACUUUAUGAAGAAACACUGCUGUUACGACGCCAUUCCCACCAGCUGUAAGCUGGUUGUUUUCGACACCGCCCUGCAGGUAAAGAAAGCCUUCUUCGCGUUAGUGGCAAACAGUCUACGAGCGGCGCUGCUAUGGGAUAGCAAACUGCAAAGAUUUGUGGGUAUGCUGACCAUCACAGACUUCAUCAACAUUCUCCAUCGCUACUAUAAAUCCCCGAUGGUUCAAAUUUAUGAGCUGGAGGAUCACAAGAUUCAGACAUGGAGAGGUGAUUCAUUUCAAAACGUUUACCUGCAGUACUAUCAUCAAAGCCUGAUCAGCAUCUCACCUGACGCGAGCCUUUUCGAUGCGGUUUAUUCUUUACUGAAGCACAAGAUCCACCGUCUGCCGGUCAUCGACCCUGAAUCUGGGAAUGUCCUGCACAUUUUAACCCACAAACGAAUUCUCAAAUUCCUCUAUAUAUUUAGAGCCACAAUCCCAAAACCACGAUUUUUGCAGAGGAAAAUCGAAGAAGCAGGAGUGGGGACAUUCAGAGACAUCGCCACCGUACAGGAGACGGCCAGUGUGUACGACGCUCUGUCCACUUUCGUGGAGAGACGAGUUUCUGCUCUUCCUGUGGUGGAUGAAAAUGGGAAGGUCGUGGCUCUUUACUCGAGAUUUGACGUGAUAAAUCUGGCAGCGCAGAAAACCUACAACAAUCUGAGCAUGAGCAUGAAGGAGGCGUUGAGGAGGCGGCGCUGUUUCAUCGAGGGAGUUAUUAAAUGUUAUCCUGACGAAACCUUGGAGACCGCAGUGGACAGAAUCGCCGAUGCAGAGGUUCACAGGCUGGUUCUGGUGGACCGACAAGACAACAAGGUUCGAGGCAUCAUCUCUCUCUCAGACCUUCUCCAGGCCAUGAUUUUGUCUCCAGCAGGAAUUGACGCUCUGCUCGCGAAGCCUUAAUGCAACCGGUCCAUUCCUCCUCCUGUGCUCACCAACUCUCUCCUUAUGCUCCAUCACUUGCCACAGGAGAUAUUUGAGUGUGACGAAUCAUGACGAUAACACACACACACACACACACACACACACACAUGUAAAGAAGAAGAGCUUCAACAGCUGCGAAUUCAGCAAAUUGUGUCCUUCGUCUGUUCUGUUGUAAAUAUUUUGUACGCUUCGUGUCCACGCAGCGGAAAUGACACGUGGGUUUUUCUGAACUAUAAAAUAAACAUGUUGUUUAUUAUUACA